UCAUGUACUAAUAUUUCAACAUUAUACCUGUGCAUUAUACAUAUUUUUAUUUCAGCAAACCUGAGUUUUCCAGGAAGUCGAGAACCGUUUAAAUUGAUAUCCUAUUUGAACCAGAAUUAUAUGAACACUAACAAUUGCAAUUUACCGAUUAUAGGUUCUUUGCUCCGAUUAAUUUAACAAUUUUACGGCAAUUUUUGUGAUAAAACCACACAGCACCACAAGCAUUGUUUAAAUAGGCUUAAGGUUGUGUCUAUCAAAUAAAAAUAUGGCAGAUAAUUAUGAAGAUAUGAGUAUAAAUGAAAUAAAUGAUCUACUUCGUAAAUGGAGGGAUAACAAUGAACGAAAGAGUACCGAAAUAAUGUUACUAUGGGAAAAAGUUAAUGCGGGCUUAGACAGCAAAUCUAAUGAGAAGUAUUUGAUUAUGGAGCAGCUAAUAAUAGCAGCCCUAGACUCUAACUAUCACAAUAUAGCACUUAUAUGGAUUGAAGCCCUGGACGCAGCAUUCCCUGGUAGCUUGAGAGUGUUGAGAUAUAAGGCAAUGUGGUUGGAGGCACAAGAACAAUAUGACAAGGCAUUACAAGUCCUGGAUCAAAUAAUAAAAACGGAUGAAACCAACGCGCCAGCGAGGAAACGUCGCGUGGCCAUUAUGAAAGCACAAGGCCAAAUCACUGAGGCUAUCAAGGAAUUAGUGGACUAUUUGAAGAAAUUCAUAUCAGACAUGGAAGCAUGGCAGGAACUCAGCGAGCUCUAUCUACAAAUGGGCGAAUACUCUCGCGCCGCGUUCUGCGUGGAGGAGCUGAUCCUGCAUCAGCCGCAUAACCAUCUGUUCCAUCAGCGCCUUGCUGACAUACGAUACACUAUGGGUGGUGUAGAGAAUAUGGAAUUGGCAAAAUCAUACUACUGCCAAGCUGUGAAGUUGAACCCUAACAAUGUUAGAGCGCUGUUAGGUUUGGUUCUGGUAACAAAUAACCUACUAGGCCACUACAAGUCGUCAGGGAGUACAAAACGCAAGGAAGUAUGGAAACUUAGCCAAUGGGCGCAAUCCGAAGUUUCGAAGAAGCAGAAAGAGGCACAAGGCUCUAAUGCCAACGCCUUAACUAACAUGAUGUUAGCUAUUUCAAUAAGCGAUUAGUGAAUAUUAUCAUAGACAAAAGAUUUUUACCAACAAUUUUAUAGCAAAAUGUUGGCAACAUUGUGUUAUUCUCUAUUUAAUUUAUGGCGGUAAUAUUUUCAAAUAUGGAUUCAUGGAAUCUUUGUACAUUUCCGUUUUUCAAGAAAAUUAUGCAAAAAUACAAAAUAUUUUAUUUAUUAUUAUUAUGAAUAUUGUGUUCAUAUGGUUGAAUGUGUGGUUCGUAUAUAUUUACUGGGAUUUAGUAUAAUUUAUGUUAAAGGCAAUGUAGGUAGCGAAUUAAGGAAUGUCUAUGUAUUUGUGUUAUAGUAAUAUUAUCGCUAGCAUUUCCUAAAUAAAUUAUGUUACCAAA